UUGGCGGCCGCCUUCCGCCCCGGGAUUGGCUGCGCCCAGGGCCCAGGCUCCGCCCCCUCCCCGGCCCUUUGAUCACGCGCUGGGGGCUCUUCCGGGGCCGGAGAGCUAGGCGAGGGCGUUCCUGUCGGGGCUGCCGCGGCGGGAGGGAGCCCAGAGGCGCCCUCCCAAGGCGCCGCCGCCCAUGCUGACCACCGGGCCCUCGACCUGCCGAUGCCAUGAGGAACACCACAGCGCCCAGUGCUCCCCAGGCCAGCAGUGACUCCUUGGUGGGCUAUGUGCUGGGCCCCUUCUUCCUCAUCACCCUGGUCGGGGUGGUGGUGGCAGUGGUCAUGUAUGUCCAGAAGAGGAAGCGGGUGGAUCGGCUUCGCCACCACCUACUCCCCAUGUAUAGCUACGACCCAGCAGAGGAGCUACACGAGGCCGAGCAGGAGCUCCUCUCGGAUGUGGGAGACCCCAAGGUGAUCCAUGGCUGGCAGAGCGGCUACCAACACAAGCGGACACCCUUGCUGGAUGUCAAGACCUGACCCUCCCCUAACCUAGCCCUUCUGGACCUUGGGGUCCAGCCCCCCUCCCACCAGCCCCCCAGCU